AGCGGUACGCGUAUUCACGGUCGUCAGAUCGAGACCGGGCGGAGGAGUAACUCGCGUUCUUGUGUUCUUCUCCAUUGAUUAAUUAUUUCAUCGUAGUCCUUCACCUUUUCGUUUCACCCUGCGGUGGCGGAAGCGACACUUUUCUCGCCGGUCCUAUCCGAGAACGGAACAAUGACAGGACUACGAGAAAUGAUGCCGGGCUUCUUGUUGACUCUUCUCAUAGUCAUCGUAUUAGUUAGCUUAGCCAGUGCCGAUGGACACGGUAGUCACAAACACGUGAUUAUCCACGUACCGUACAAGAUUAAGACCAUCAAGCAUACGCACACGAUCACGAAACACAUACAUCACGGCGGUGGCGGCGAGGACAAGUACAAAGUACUCGGAUAUACCGUGGGUCAUCCUAUUGACCUCGGGGGUCACGGCGGUGGUGGCGGCGGCGGCGACGGCGGCUUCGGGGGUGGUUUUGGAGGCGGUGGACAUGACCUUGGAGGUGGCCACGAUUUCGGAGGUGGUGGCGGUGGCCAUGAUUUCGGAGGUGGUGGCGGUGGCCACGAUUUUGGAGGUGGUGGCGGUGGCCACGAUUUAGGCGGCGGCUUUGGCGGCGGCGGUGGUGGCCUCGGGGGCGGCGGUGGUGGCCACGGGGGCGGCGGUGGUCAUUUAGAGCUCAGCCACGACGGCGGAGGUGGCGGCUUCGGAGACGGGGGUGGUUUUAUCGGCGGAGGUGGAUUUGGCGGCGGUGAUUGGUCGGGACAUUAGAAAGAUUCUUGAGUGAAUUAUCAAUAACUUCCAGGAAUCGCUAAAAUUAGCUUUAAAGUAUAAUCGACAUGAUAAUCUUCUGAAACAUGCGGAACUUUUUCAUAACUUUUUCUGUUAUUCCGCUAAUAACGGUAUAAUUUUGUGUAUAGUUCUAUUAUAGAAGCAUAUAACAAAAUGCAGCCAGACUGCCUGAAUCAUUCGUGUAUUGUUGUGACACUUGCAUAAAUUACAAAGAAAGAUUUUUAAGUAAUUAUAUUGGAGAAUUAGUAAUUAUAAAAUUGCAUUCAAAAACUGCAAAUUGCUGCAGUUAGAUUGGAUGUUAAAAAUGGAAAUUAUCUUAAAAAUAUACGAAAAAUUCAUUUUGUGUAUUUAAUGAUUUAUACGCCACAGAAGAUAUGUAAAGUAACACCACAACGCACUUUUAUUUGAACCGUAAUGAAACAGAAAGUUAGCAUUCGUGAGAAAAUGUAUGCUCUAUAUGGUUAAACUUUCGCACGCACGACACUCUUUUGCUUGCAUCAAUACAAAGAACGACUCGAUUUCACAUUAUCUUUCUCUAAGCUGUAAUAAUGGAAAAUUGAACGGUCGAUUGUUCUGAUGCAUUCAACAAAAUCACGAAUGUCUCAUUUUACAGAGAUUAUCAGCCGAUUUCUUGUUUUCAACUUUCGAAAACUUACGAACAUAUUUUUUAUCUCUAGUCUGAAUUAUUUUUAUUAAAUUUUGACACGUUCUUUUAUUACAAUGUAUAUAUAAAUAUCCUUACUUGUUGUUGUAUUCUUGUAUGUUGAUUUUUUAUUUACCUUUUUUGUGUUAACUGUUAAAUAUGAUGAAUAAAUGUUGUAUGUUUUUACGGCACGUAUUUUAAAUACGACCGUUAUCCGUAUUCCUUUCAUAUUCCUCCAAAAAUAAAAAUAUUUUAAUCUUCGAAAAAAAAAA